AUUGUUACAGUUGUAACGGUUUUGAAGGGAAAGAUUGAAGAAAUUGAGCUACCAGUUGCUAAAGUAGAUAUUAUAAUUUCAGAGUGGAUGGGAUAUUUUCUAUUGUAUGAAAAUAUGUUAAACACGGUCCUCUAUGCACGAGAUAAAUGGCUUGUCAGUGAUGGAAUUCUUCUACCAGACAAAGCUUCCCUUUAUUUGACAGCCAUUGAUGAUGCAAACUACAAAGAAGAUAAGAUUGAAUUUUGGAAUAAUGUGUAUGGCUUUAACAUGAGUUGCAUCAAGAAGCAAGCCAUCAUGGAACCUCUUGUUGAUACUGUUGAUCAGAAACAAAUUGUCACAGACUGCCAGCUCCUCAAGAUUAUGAAUAUCUCUCAAAUGGUUUCUGGGGACGCUUCCUUCACAGUUCCUUUUAAGCUUGAGGCUGAGCGGGAUGAUUACAUCCAUGCCUUGGUGGCCUACUUUGAUGUGUCAUUUACCAAAUGUCACAAGUUAAUGGGCUUCUCUACAGGGCCAAGAUCACGGGCUACACACUGGAAGCAAACGAUUCUGUACCUAGAAGAUGUGUUAACUAUAUGUGAAGGGGAAGUCUUAUCUGGGAACAUGACUGUCGCACCGGACCAAAAAAAUCCUCGCAACAUUGAUAUAAUGAUCAAAUAUGCAUUGAAUGGGCAGCGGUGUGUGGUCUCAAGAACUCAAUAUUAUAAGAUGCGGUGAAGUAAUCUACAUGUUAUUCAAAAUUCAAAGCACUAGUGGCAAAGGUGAUGCUUAACCACAACUUCUAUCUAGUAAGUUGAUUUCUAUUUGGGAGCUGAGUGUAUUUCUUAUUUCUCUCUGUUCAAGAAUUGAGAGAGUUGUGGGCUUGGCUUCCCUUACAUGUAUCUUGCCUGCAAUUUUUGGCAAUCCCCUUUUACGUAUUU